AACAAGGCCACCACGUCUAUUGGAUAAUAAUUGAAGCCUAACCAUUGACGACUGAUUGUUUAUCUUUAUUCAUCUCUCUAUCAGCAGAGGCUCGCGCGAGAAAGGAAACAAAAAAUCAUCAGAUCCGAUCUCUUGCAUCUCUGCAGACCAUCCACAAGAUGUCGUCAACCUUCAGCGGCGAUGAAACGGCACCGUUCUUCGGCUUCCUUGGCGCCGCCGCCGCUCUAGUCUUCUCCUGUAUGGGAGCGGCGUACGGCACCGCCAAGAGCGGCGUCGGCGUUGCGUCGAUGGGCGUGAUGAGACCCGAGCUCGUGAUGAAGUCUAUUGUCCCGGUGGUCAUGGCUGGUGUAUUGGGUAUUUACGGCUUGAUCAUUGCCGUGAUUAUCAGCACUGGAAUCAACCCCAAGGCCAAGUCUUACUACUUGUUUGAUGGGUACGCGCACCUUUCGUCUGGGCUCGCUUGUGGUCUUGCCGGUCUUGCUGCUGGUAUGGCCAUCGGGAUUGUUGGAGAUGCUGGUGUUAGAGCCAAUGCACAACAACCAAAGCUCUUUGUAGGGAUGAUUCUUAUCCUCAUUUUUGCUGAAGCUUUGGCUCUUUACGGUCUCAUUGUCGGCAUUAUCCUCUCUUCUCGUGCUGGCCAGUCCAGAGCAGAUUAGAACAGUACCUAUCAAUCCAAGAUUUGAUGAUUGUCGACAUGUUAUUUUGGUGGGAUGUAGAGAAGUUGGAUUUUUCUUGAAUAAAGGCCGAUUGGUACUUUUAUGGUGGUGUACUUUAAAGGACCACAUUUGAUCUCUGAACUGUUGCCCAUUAUUUGUUUCGUUGAUACUCUAUUAUAUUGUUUUAGUGUUGUUCCAAUUUCAUACUCAAGGCUUAACUAACAAUCAUUACAUAUUGGUGUAUGUUGUGAUCUUAUUAGUGUCUGUUGUUAAUUUGUUCAAUAGUACUUGUGCAAGUAAUGCAGUUAUGCAGUACA